AUGCUCAGGCACAAACGCAACUGCCACGCCAUUCAGACGCCCAGCGACGACGAGCAUGUGAAACUGAGUGCCCCGAUUGAUGCACUGCAUCCACUCCCGACCCAGUCGCAGUCACUGUCACUGUCAUCCUCCACGCUGCUGCCCGCGCUGCGACGCCUGCAGAGUAACCAGCGCCUGAAUCAACGCGUCACCUUCUCCCUGGAGCUGUACCACAAGAACGUGAUCAAGAAAUUGCCGGGCCUCAGCCAGCUCCAAGUUUACAAACUGACCAAAAACAUCUCACAGACUUAA